CGGGAGUGACGUCUCCGAAUGUUGUUGUUGGUGGCGGCGGCGAGCGGAGCCGGAGGAGCCGCCGCAAAGAUGGAGGAGCCGUCGAGGAGGUGCUGCCGCCGCUGCCGCCGCCGCUGCUGCCGCCGCCGCCCGCGAAGCCGGAGCUCGAGCCGCAGCGGGGAUGCCGUUCUGAGUGCCUGACUGCCUCGCCCCGAAGGAUGGCCUCGGAUGGGCAUUAGAGGCACGGCGGCCCCGGGCUCCCGUCCCGUCUGUCUGUUAUCGUCUGUCUCUCUUGACAUCACCGCAGCUCCACCCCCUCCCGUCCCAGCCCCCAACGCCAGCUUCCUGCAGGCCCAGAGCCGGCAUGAACUCUCCCAACGAGUCGGCAGAUGGGAUGUCAGGCCGGGAACCAUCCUUGGAAAUCCUGCCGCAGACUUCUCUGCACAGCAUCCCGGUGACAGGCCAGGACAGGAACAAGAGCCUUUCCCCAAUCUCCAAGAGACAGAACAAGUGGAGGUGAAGCCGGUGCUGCCAAGAGCCAUGCCCAGUUCCAUGGGGGGUGGGGGUGGAGGCAGCCCCAGCCCUGUGGAGCUACGGGGGGCUCUGGUGGGCUCUGUGGACCCCACACUGCGGGAGCAGCAACUGCAGCAGGAGCUCCUGGCGCUCAAGCAGCAGCAGCAGCUGCAGAAGCAGCUCCUGUUCGCUGAGUUCCAGAAACAGCAUGACCACCUGACAAGGCAGCAUGAGGUCCAGCUGCAGAAGCACCUCAAGCAGCAGCAGGAGAUGCUGGCAGCCAAGCAGCAGCAGGAGAUGCUGGCAGCCAAGCGGCAGCAGGAGCUGGAGCAGCAGCGGCAGCGGGAGCAGCAGCGGCAGGAAGAGCUGGAGAAGCAGCGGCUGGAGCAGCAGCUGCUCAUCCUGCGGAACAAGGAGAAGAGCAAAGAGAGUGCCAUUGCCAGCACCGAGGUAAAGCUGAGGCUCCAGGAAUUCCUCUUGUCGAAGUCAAAGGAGCCCACACCAGGCGGCCUCAACCAUUCCCUCCCACAGCACCCCAAAUGCUGGGGAGCCCACCAUGCUUCUUUGGACCAGAGUUCCCCUCCCCAGAGCGGCCCCCCUGGGACGCCUCCCUCCUACAAACUGCCUUUGCCUGGGCCCUACGACAGUCGAGACGACUUCCCCCUCCGCAAAACAGCCUCUGAACCCAACUUGAAAGUGCGUUCAAGGCUAAAACAGAAGGUGGCCGAGCGGAGAAGCAGUCCCCUCUUGCGUCGCAAGGAUGGGACUGUUAUUAGCACCUUUAAGAAGAGAGCUGUUGAGAUCACAGGUGCCGGGCCUGGGGCAUCGUCCGUGUGUAACAGCGCACCCGGCUCCGGCCCCAGCUCUCCCAACAGCUCCCACAGCACCAUCGCUGAGAAUGGCUUUACUGGCUCAGUCCCCAACAUCCCCACCGAGAUGCUCCCUCAGCACCGAGCCCUCCCUCUGGACAGCUCCCCCAACCAGUUCAGCCUCUACACAUCUCCUUCUCUGCCCAACAUCUCCCUAGGGCUGCAGGCCACGGUCACUGUCACCAACUCACACCUCACUGCCUCCCCGAAGCUGUCGACACAGCAGGAGGCCGAGAGGCAGGCCCUCCAGUCCCUGCGGCAGGGUGGCACGCUGACGGGCAAGUUCAUGAGCACAUCCUCUAUCCCUGGCUGCCUGCUGGGCGUGGCACUGGAGGGCGACGGGAGCCCCCACGGGCAUGCCUCCCUGCUGCAGCAUGUGCUGUUGCUGGAGCAGGCCCGGCAGCAGAGCACCCUCAUUGCUGUGCCACUCCACGGGCAGUCCCCACUAGUGACGGGUGAACGUGUGGCCACCAGCAUGCGGACAGUAGGCAAGCUCCCGCGGCAUCGGCCCCUGAGCCGCACUCAGUCCUCACCGCUGCCGCAGAGUCCCCAGGCCCUGCAGCAGCUGGUCAUGCAACAACAGCACCAGCAGUUCCUGGAAAAGCAGAAGCAGCAGCAGCUACAGCUGGGCAAGAUCCUCACCAAGACGGGGGAGCUGCCCAGGCAGCCCACCACCCACCCUGAGGAGACAGAGGAGGAGCUGACGGAGCAGCAGGAGGCCUUGCUGGGGGAGGGAGCCCUGACCAUGCCCCGGGAGGGCUCCACAGAGAGUGAGAGCACACAGGAAGACCUGGAGGAGGAGGACGAGGAAGAGGAUGGGGAGGAGGAGGAGGAUUGCAUCCAGGUCAAGGAUGAGGAGGGCGAGAGUGGUGCUGAGGAGGGGCCUGACUUGGAGGAGCCUGGUGCUGGUUACAAAAAACUGUUCUCAGAUGCCCAGCCGCUGCAGCCUCUGCAGGUGUACCAGGCGCCCCUCAGCCUGGCCACUGUGCCCCACCAGGCCCUGGGCCGCACCCAGUCCUCCCCUGCUGCCCCUGGGGGCAUGAAGAGCCCCCCAGACCAGCCUGUCAAGCACCUCUUCACCACAGGUGUGGUCUACGACACGUUCAUGCUAAAGCACCAGUGCAUGUGCGGGAACACACACGUGCACCCUGAGCAUGCUGGCCGGAUCCAGAGCAUCUGGUCCCGGCUGCAGGAGACAGGCCUGCUUAGCAAGUGCGAGCGGAUCCGGGGUCGCAAAGCCACGCUAGAUGAGAUCCAGACAGUGCACUCUGAAUACCACACCCUGCUCUAUGGGACCAGCCCCCUCAACCGGCAGAAGCUAGACAGCAAGAAGUUGCUCGGCCCCAUCAGCCAGAAGAUGUAUGCCGUGCUGCCUUGUGGGGGCAUCGGGGUGGACAGUGACACCGUGUGGAAUGAGAUGCACUCCUCCAGUGCUGUGCGCAUGGCAGUGGGCUGCCUGCUGGAGCUGGCCUUCAAGGUGGCUGCAGGAGAGCUCAAGAAUGGAUUUGCCAUCAUCCGGCCCCCAGGACACCACGCCGAGGAAUCCACAGCCAUGGGAUUCUGCUUCUUCAACUCUGUAGCCAUCACCGCAAAACUCCUACAGCAGAAGUUGAACAUGGGCAAGGUCCUCAUCGUGGACUGGGACAUUCACCAUGGCAAUGGCACCCAGCAGGCGUUCUACAACGACCCCUCUGUGCUCUACAUCUCUCUGCAUCGCUAUGACAACGGGAACUUCUUUCCAGGCUCUGGGGCUGCUGAAGAGGUUGGUGGAGGGCCAGGUGUGGGGUACAAUGUGAACGUGGCAUGGACAGGAGGUGUGGACCCCCCCAUUGGAGACGUGGAGUACCUUACAGCCUUCAGGACAGUGGUGAUGCCCAUUGCCCACGAGUUCUCACCUGACGUGGUCCUAGUCUCUGCUGGGUUUGAUGCUGUUGAAGGACAUCUGUCUCCUCUGGGUGGCUACUCUGUCACCGCCAGAUGUUUUGGCCACUUGACCAGGCAGCUGAUGACCCUGGCAGGGGGCCGGGUGGUGCUGGCCCUGGAGGGAGGCCAUGACUUGACCGCCAUCUGUGAUGCCUCUGAGGCUUGUGUCUCGGCUCUGCUCAGUGUAGAGCUGCAGCCCUUGGACGAGGCAGUCUUGCAGCAAAAGCCCAACAUCAACGCAGUGGCCACGCUAGAGAAAGUCAUCGAGAUCCAGAGCAAACACUGGAGCUGUGUGCAGAAGUUUGCUGCUGGUCUGGGCCGUUCCCUGCGAGAGGCCCAAGCAGGUGAGACCGAGGAGGCCGAGACUGUGAGCGCCAUGGCCUUGCUGUCGGUGGGGGCCGAGCAGGCCCAGGCUGCGGCAGCCCGGGAGCACAGCCCCAGGCCGGCAGAGGAGCCCAUGGAGCAGGAGCCUGCCCUGUGACGCCCCGGCCCCCAUCCCUCUGGGCUUCACCAUUGUGAUUUUGUUUAUUUUUUCUAUUAAAAACAAAAAGUCACACAUUCAACAA